CAUAACCCGCCCCGUUUCCGUACCUUAAAUUACAAAAACCACCGGCAUCUCUAUCUCUCACUCUUUCGCUGCCGCUCUUUAGCAACCAAAAGAACGCCUAUUUUUCAAAACCUGAGCUUUAGAAAGAAAAGGAAGCAUGUCAAGAAUAUGCGUGAAGAACUUACCAAAAUAUGUAGCAGAGGAUAGAUUGAGAGAAUAUUUUUCACAGAAAGGAGAAGUUACUGAUGCUAAGAUUAUGAGAACUGCAGAUGGUAAGAGCAGGCAAUUUGCUUUUGUUGGGUUCCGGACAGAGCGUGAAGCUGAAGACGCUAUCAAAUACUUCAAUAAAUCUUAUCUUGAUACUUGUAGAAUUGUUUGUGAGAUUGCUCGUAAAGUUGGGGACCCGGAUAUUCCUCGACCAUGGAGUAGGUAUUCUAAACAGAAAGAAGAGAAAUUGAGUGAAGAUGAGAAUAAUGUUACUGGUUCCAAAAGCUUAGACGUCAAGGGAGCUAAAGAUGAGAAGAAGAAGAACAAGGAUAAUGAAAAGGGCAAUGAGAUUGAUGAUCCUCGAUUACAAGAAUUUCUUCAGGUCAUGCAGCCACGUGCCAAGUCGAAAUUAUGGGAAAAUGACUCUAUAGUUUCUCACACGGCUGAUAUAAAUGGUGAAGUUGGCAAGAAGGGAAGUCAAGGAAAGAAAGAAGGCAAGGAGAAGUUGGUUCCAGUGGAAGUUGAGAUAGAUAAAGGCAAUAGCGAUACAGAUGAAGAGUCAAAUGAUCCUGCACGUGAUGAGGCUGUUUCAGAUAUGGAUUACUUCAGGAGUAGAGUGAAGAAAGAAUUGUCAGAUUCUGAAAGUGAAAGUGGUGGAAGUGAUGAUGACGAUGACGACGACAAGAACGACAACUGUAAUGACAAAGAUGAAGACAGUGAUUUGUCUAAUGAAAGCCUUCAGAGGGGGAAUGUAGCACAAGCAGAGGUUGCUGAAGAUACCCAUGCUGAAGACCAUGAGAACCCAUCUUCAACUUUAAAAGAUGAGAAAGAGGAAAUUCUUGAGACUUGUCGUCUUUUUGUCCGCAAUCUGCCAUAUACAGCAAUUGAGGAUGAGCUGGAAGAGCAUUUCAGCAAAUUUGGUAACAUUUCACAGGUCCAUCUUGUUGUUGAUAAAGAUACAAAACGUUCCAAGGGACUUGCAUACAUUCACUACACACUUCCAGAGUCUGCAGCAAGGGCAUUGGAAGAAUUAGACAAUUCAAUUUUUCAGGGCAGAUUAUUGCAUGUCAUGCCUGCAAAACAAAAAAUCCUAUCAAACAAGCAAGAGACCAGUGAUCUCCUGAGCCAAGGUUCAAACACUUUGAAGCAGCGGAGACAGGAAGAAAAGAAGGCAGCUGAAGCCAGUGGAGAUACAAGAGCAUGGAAUAGUUUUUUCUUCCACCAUGAUACAGUCAUUGAAAACAUUGCUAGGAGACAUGGUGUGAGUAAGAGUGACUUACUUGACCGCGAAGCAGAUGAUCUUGCUGUACGUGUUGCUUUGGGAGAAACUCAAGUGAUUGCAGAGACGAAAAAGGCGCUCACAAAUGCUGGUGUCAACAUUACAGCUUUAGAGGAAAUUGCUGCAGGGAAAAAAGAUGGCAUGAAAAGAAGUAACCAUGUUCUUUUAGUAAAGAACUUGCCAUAUGGCUCUUCUGAGGUUGAACUAGCUGAGAAAUUUGGGAAAUUCGGGAGUUUGGACAAAAUUAUUCUCCCUCCAACAAAAACAUUGGCCCUGGUUGUGUUCCUUGAACCAUCUGAAGCCCGUGCUGCUUUCAAAGGUUUAGCAUACAAGCAGUACAAGGGUGUUCCAUUAUAUUUGGAGUGGGCUCCAGCCAAUAUCCUUAGUCAAAGCUCAACCUCCAAGAGUGAUGAAAAAAGUGAUGCAGCUGUGGGUGAACAUGAUGCCAAGAGGGUGAUACUGGAGCAAAGUGUGGAAGGAAUAUCUGAAAUGGAUAUUGAUCCUGACAGAAUCGAGUCGCGAUCUUUAUUUGUCAAGAACCUGAAUUUCAAGACGGCUGAUGAAAGUUUGAAAAAGCACUUUAGUGAACACAUGAAAGAAGGGAGAAUCCAAAGUGUCAGGAUAAAGAAGCACAUGAAAAAAGGGAAGAAUGUUUCAAUGGGUUUUGGCUUUAUAGAGUUUGAUUCCGUGGAAACAGCUACAAAUAUCUGCAGAGAUCUACAGGGAACUGUUUUGGAUGGUCAUGCUCUUAUUUUGCAACUCUGCCAUGCCAAGAAGGAUGAGCAUUCAGUGAAAAAGGCUGGAAAGGAUAAGAGUUCCACAAAACUACUUGUCAGAAAUGUAGCUUUUGAGGCAACAGAGAAAGAUCUGAGACAGCUAUUUGGUCCAUUUGGCCAGAUUAAGAGCUUACGGUUGCCAAUGAAGUUUGGAAACCACAGAGGCUUUGCAUUUGUGGAAUACGUCACAAAGCAAGAGGCACAGAACGCACUUCAAGCACUCUCAAGCACCCAUCUGUAUGGUCGGCACCUGGUUUUGGAGAGAGCGAAGGAAGGUGAGAGCUUGGAAGAAUUACGGGCUCGCACAGCUGCUCAGUUUACUGACGAGCAAAAUGGUCUCCAGAAUCCAGCCAAGUUAUCCAAAAAGAGGAAGGAUAUCACAAUGUUGGAUGAAGGAAGCAUGAAGUUUCAGAGGGUAACAGAUUAGUGCUUUAAGCAAAUAUUCUCAUGUAUUAUGGUUAAGAAAAGAAUUGGGUUUGUCAAUGGUUUUAGGUUAUAGAUUUAAUUGUUUAUGCUGCCCCCAGUUUUGCUUUUUUGGGAGCUGGUUUUUGUUUACUCUCUGUUUUGUUUAAGCAAAUGAGUGACUGGAUUUUCCUUCCUAUCCCAACAAUAUAUAUUAUUGUUUUGUAAAGCACCUUGAUGGUGCCUAAUUGAGUCGGAAAAGAAAAUGUAAUUUAACUUUCAUUUAAUACAUUAUCUCAUGCCGCUUUGUUAUUUUGGCAUAUGGAA